UUAUUUAGGGCUGUGAUAUUUCACUAGUUGUCCAUUUGGGGUUUAGUUGAAAUUUUCAUAAGUGGAUGAACAUAAAAGAGAGAAAUCUCUUCACUCAGUUUUUUUCGCUUCUCAUAUCUUUGUUGUACGAAGAAAAUGUCGCUACGAUCAGCUCUAUUUUUGGUUUCUAUCGUAGCGGCUUGUUCAUACCUUCCAACUAAUGGAGCUGCCGACGUAUCAAAUAAAGGAGAUCGAGGUAAUGCUGCAUCUCUGGAUAAUGUGAGCACAGCAGGCACCAAAGAUCUAGUAAGACAAGCAACUGGUUGGGAUCGACCUGUCUAUGGCACACAAACCUGGUAUCCUCCAUCUAGCAACGUCAAAGGAACAGCUCAUGGUGGUAGCGGUUACCAACCAGGAUAUCAGCCAGGUUAUCAGGGAGGAUAUCAAAGUGGAUACCAACCAGGAUAUCAAAGUGGUUACCAACCAGGAUAUCAAAGUGGUUAUCAAUCAGGGUAUCAAAGUGGUUAUCAACCUGGGUAUCAAGGUGGAUACAUCGGGAGCGGAGCAUAUGGAUACCCAAGUGGUUCGGGAAGUUAUGUGGUUCCAGGUCGAGGAGGUUAUCUUGGAGGUUAUGGCAACAAAGGUUGGUCAACGGGUGGUUCAAACUGGGGUGGAAGCUACGGAGGACGUCCGGGGUCUGGAGCAAGUGGAGGCUAUGGUGGCAACUAUAAAGGCACCGUUUCGGGUAAUCAGGGUUGGUAUGGACAAGGUGGCCAAGGAGGUAGUUAUGGAAGUGGUUGGUAUGGGGGCAAUCAAAUAAAAGGGAGUAAUGGAGGUUAUAACUGGCCAGCUGGAGGAUACAGAGGAGAUAAGGGAUACAGUGGUUCCUAUGGUGGUAGCGUAUCCGGAUAUCAACCUGGUUAUGGUUAUCCAAGUUAUGGAAGUGGUUACACAAGCCAAGGCACAAGUAAAGGCUUAGGUAAUCAGAUUUAUGGCUCUGGAUAUGGAGGCACAUACCCAGGACAAACAAGUUGGGGAAGCGGAGGUUAUGGCACUGCGGGGACGAAAGGGAGCUCAUGGGCAGGUGGAAAUGUUAAUGAUCGAUACGGAUAUCAGGGUAAUUAUAAAGGAGUAACUAGCCCAAGAAUUAAUACAAUUGGGGGUAACACAUGGUCAGGACAGCGAACAGGAUACAUAGGUAACUAUCCAAGUAGCAAGGGAUCCUGGUGAGAUUAGUAGGAGCUAUAUUUUAUUUCUUUGCUGAAAGAUAGAAAUAAAAGUCUUAUUUCACAUUGAUGUGUUCCUUUUUGAACUUCAUGAUGUACUGUUUCUAUUUUUAAUUUUUUUACAACAUUGUUUUAUAUUUGAUACUUUACACGUCGUAUUUAUGUGAAACAGUUCAUAGCGAAUUUCACAUUUUGGAACUGAAAGAUUAAAUUGAAAAAAAACAUUAAAUUUUUUCAUCAUUGUAUAAAGAGUUUUUUCUUUUUAAAUUAAAAAGACUGUAUGAUUAUUUCUUAUGAGCUAUGAAGAAAAUGCAUUUUUUAAACCUUUGGUUUUGAUUUAGAAUAGAAUAAUGCUGUUUUCUUCAACGAUCAUAAAUUAUAUAUAAUUAUUAAAGUAGUGUCAUAAUGACUAAUACUAUGAUUAAUACUAAUCUAAUACUAUGAUUUACUUAUUUUUGUCACUACAUUAACAACAGUUAAUCAGUGAAUUAGAAUCACCCUGACAGCACGCAUUUUUAAGCACGCUGAAUUGAUAAUAUAAUCUAAUAUUUUUAAAAGUAUCCUCAUAAAAAUAUCAAAUAGCUUUGCUUCAUUCCUUCGUGACAUUACAGUUAUUUUGUAUUAGAUUAUCUUCAAAAUAUUCAUUCCAGAUAUGCAGUAAUUUCACAAAACUAUCAGUCUUCGUGAAUACUGCUGACAAUCAUUAUGUAAAAAGUUGUGUAUAUUUUCAUUUUUGGUAUGUUAAAAAAUAAAGAAUUCACAACUGUUAAUUAUGUGUUGAAGCUUUAUUGUCUUGUAUAACUUAUAAUUUACCUUGUCGAGAAUUUCAUGUCUUGCAUAUAUUGAUGCAAAAGCCUUUUACGUUUAGGCUGUAUAUGAUCACAUCAACAUGAUUAUUUUAUUUUAUGUACAUGAUAGCAUUGUUAAAAAUAAAUAAUAUAUAGCAAA